AUGCGAUUAUCCUAUCAGACGCUUGAUCAAGAUGCAUUUAGUUUGGCAGCUGAAUUAAUUGGUCAAUUGUCAACAUUAGCUAGUAAUGAAUAUCAAUAUUUGCAAUUAUUGAUUGAAUCGGCAGAAGAGAUUGGAGCUCAACACUCACCCCUCUUACCAGUAACAUCUUGCUUAUUUCCACCUGGUGGUGUCCUACGUUAUACAUUACAUGAUUGUAAAGGUGAAAUAUUAUGCUUAGAAACAACAUCGAAUUUUCAGUAUAUUCUAGCUGGAUCAACUGAUCAUCUAGUGCGUGUUUGGAAUGUAACCACUGGUGAGCUUAUCCAUACGUUAGACAAGCAUACCAGUGCAGUACACGGUGUUCAUGUUACUUCUGAUUGUCGAAUUAUCCUCUCCUAUACCUAUAAUAUUGAUGUAAUUGCUAAUCAUGAAGUCUUAGCUUGGAAUUUACAAACUGGCGAGUAUCUAUAUAAUUUACAAUUGCCGCGACAUAAGAAAGAUAUUACUUUUAUCACUAUAUGCAAAGAGAAAAAUUAUUAUGUUUCAGGGUCGAUAGACAAUACCUUGAAAAAAUGGGAUUUAGAGACGGGUGAAUUAUUAGAAACAUUAACUAUAUCAUCGGGUUUCUUAUAUUCAGUCCAUAUUAUGCCACAUGGUCAAACACGAAAUGAACGAUAUUUAUUAACAGGAAGCAGUGAUACAACAGUUAUCAUUUGGGAUAUGGAAACGCGAAAAAUACAUGGUAAAAUGGCUGCACAUCAGAGCAGUAUCAAAUCGAUAGCAGUAGCAAUAACUGAGAAUAAAUUAAUUGCUGCCAGUGGUAGUGAUCGUGGUGUUGUUUGUUUAUGGGACUUCCAUCAACCUAAUUGCAAAGUCAUGCAUCAAUUGGAAGGACAUCAAUCAUCGGUAGAAGGUUUAACCUUUGCCCUAGAUGAUAAUUAUUUGAUUUCCAUGUCAACUAAAGAGAGUGUCUUAAAGAUAUGGCAUACUAAGAGAGGCUAUCUCAUUGCCAACUAUUAUUUGCAUGCAAAUCCAACUAAUUUUACUGAAUGCGCUAAAAAAAACAUCAUCAUUAUUGGUCUGGAGGAUGGUCGAGUCAUGAGAUUAAAAGUUAAUCGAUUAACUGAUGAAUAUCUUAAGUUUGACGAUGAUCAAGCUACGGUAUGUACCUGUUUGUAA